UCUGCCUGUUCUCCUGGCUGGUGGCCCACUGCUUCCUGUCUGUCUUUGAGAUUGUGGUGGACGUGCUCUUCCUCUGCUUCGCCGUGGACACCAAGCACAACGAUGGCAGCCCCGGCCGAGAGUUCUACAUGGACAAAGAACGCCUACACGGCCACAGCGAUCAACAGCACCAGUUUCUGUACGUCGGCGUGCGAUGCGUUUGUCAUCCUGGUAGAGAAUGCCCUCAGAGUGGCCACCAUCAACACCGUGGGGGACUUUGUCCUCUUCCUGGGAAAGGUACUGAUCGUCUCCUGCACAGCGUUCGUCGGCGUACUGUCGCUCAACUACCAGCGGGACUACACGGUGUGGGUGCUGCCCCUGCUCAUCGUCUGCCUGUUCUCCUGGCUGGUGGCCCACUGCUUCCUGUCUGUCUUUGAGAUUGUGGUGGACGUGCUCUUCCUCUGCUUCGCCGUGGACACCAAGCACAACGACGGCAGCCCCGGCCGAGAGUUCUACAUGGACAAAGCCCUCAUGGAAUACAUCUGGCCCUGACCCCAUCCUAUCCUCUACGAUGCAUCUGGCCCACUACAACCUGGGCAUCGUGGCCAAAGUCUCCUUUAUCAUCACCCUGGUGGAGAUCCCUGGCCUUAUCCUCACCUACAUCCACAACCAGCUCAAAAGAAAACAAUAAAUCUCAGCUGUCGUCUAUGCUGCAUCUUGCCUGCAUCUGGCCUGGGCUUCGUGACCAAAGGCUCCUUCAUCAUCACCCUGGUGGAGAUCCCUCACCUCAUCCUCAUCCUACAUCCACAACCAGCUGAAAGGAAAAGAGUUUGUAGAGAACAGUUAGAAUAUGCCGGAAGGGAUCGGGCGAGGCAGAUGGAGACGGUCGUGAGAUGAAGCCCAUAGACCUGAUCCCUAGGACCAUACGUCGGGACUACCGGCCGUGGUGACUCCUUGCUGGCCCCAGUCCGCCUGGCCUUGCUGCUAUUCCAGUUUCAACUCUUCUGCCUGUGGUUAUGGAACCCCUACCUGUCCCAGACCUGCUGUUUUCAACUCUUAAUGAUCGGCUAUGAAAAGCCAACAGAUUUAUUCCUGAUUAUUAUUUGACCAUGCUUGUCAUUUAUGAACAUUUUGAAAAUCUUGGCUCUCUCUAAUUUUCUCCUUCUCUCUUUCUUUCUCUCGGAGGACCUGGGCCCUAGGACCAUGCGUCGGGACUGCCGCCCGUGGUGACUCCUUGCUGUCCCCAGUCCGCCUGGCCUUGCUGCUAUUCCAGUUUCAGCUGUUCUGCCUGCGGUUAUGGAACCGCCACCUGUCCCAGACCUGUUGUUUUUCAACUCUUAAUGAUCAGCUAUGAAAAGCCAACUGAAAAUUAUUCAUGAUUAUUAUUUGACCAUGCUUGUCACUUAUGAACAUUUUUGAACAUCUUGGCAUAGUUCUGUUAUAAUCUCCACCCGGCACAGCCAGAAGAGGACUGGCCACCCCUCAUAGCCUGGUUCCUCUCUAGGUUUCUUCCUAGGUUUUGGCCUUUCUAGGGAGUUUUUCCUAGCCACCGUGCUUCUACACCUGCAUUCUAGCUGUUUGGGGUUUUAGGCUGGGUUUCUGUACAGCACUUCGAGAUAUUAUCUGAUGUACGAAGGGCUAUAUAAAAUAAAAUUGAUUGAUUGAUGUCUUUACACGUUAGCUAGCUAACGAACUUAACGGUCGCGCAGUCCCUCUACCACCAUCUCUAUGAUGGACGACACCUUCUCCAACUGGUCCACAUUAAUGGUCUCUCAGCUCCCUUCUUCUUAGCAGCCGACUUGAUGUCGGACCACUUCUUUUUUACGGCAUCACUGUCCCUUGACAUACCCCCGACGGCAGAGACAGACUCGGCCACUCUCGCCCAUCCAUUCUUGUUGGUCUCAGCAGUGACUCCGCAGUUAUCAAGUCUCCCCAACAGCAACCUCUUCCUGGCUGCUAUUUCCUCCACCACCACUUCAAUCUCUUUUCUUGGUUAUUCAUUUUUUGAUUUUGAUAUAGCUAGUCUGAUGGCUAUAAUGUGUAAUAAUUAACAAAAUCCGAUCAUCCCUGUCACAUAGGCUUAUUUAUUGGUUUCAAGCACAUCACUAAUGUCAAUGCCACAUAAGAUAUAUAAGUUCUUAAUAAAGAUAUUUAUGAAAACUACGAAUUGCUAAGAACAUUUUGAGGAAUUGCAUUUACGAACUGUCUUAUGAACGUCCUAUUUUUUCCUUGGGAAACUUCAUCCGUUUUUUCAUAAGUAAUGUUUUGUGAAUCCGACCCCAGAGUCACAUCCAUUGCAAACUGCUGCGUACCUAUUCAGUUGGACUUUAGGCAGCUUCUACAUCUCUUUAUUCAGUAUCUCCUCCAGCGGAGACACAGAACUCCCCACAGUCCCCACACACGUCACUGUGAACACUGACCUCAGACCAGUCCUUGGUGAGUGGAGGGGUGCACACUAGGGAUAGGAAGCUCUGGAGAAGCUGGAGACGGUCGUCAGUGUGUGAGAGCUGCUUCAGCUCAGUGCUUCUCCUCUUUAGCUCAGUGAUUUCCUGCUCUAGCUCUUUAACGAGCCUUUCAGCCUGCCUCUCUACUGCUUUCUGCUUCUCCACAAUUACCAAGCUCAACCUGGCUUUUCUCAAUGGAGUGCACCAGAGCAGUGAAGACCUGCAAGCUGUCUGCUAUCUCCCUCUCUGUCUCUCUCUUGCUGAGAUCUACUGAGAGUUUGAUCUCUAACCUUCUGCAGUCGCUCCUGGAUAAUCUGCUGCACUUCUGCCUCAGUUUUCCCCAGCUGAGCCUUCCUCUCUCCAGACUAUUCCUCUGUAGGGACAGUGUAAUGUUAGUCAUGUGGUCUGCCUCAGUGCAGAACUGACACACACACAGGUCUCGUCAGUCCUACAGAACAGCUCCAGGAGUCUGUCAUGCUUCUUACACUUCCUGUCUUCCAGGUUCUCCACAGGGUCGAUCAGUUUGUGUCUCUUUAAAGGUGGGGCUAUCUGAUGAGGCUCCAAGUGAUUCUCACAGUAAGAGGCCUGGUAGGUAGCCUAGUGGCAGCAUGUAGCCUAUUGGUUAAGAGCCUUGGGCCAGUAACCAAAAGGUUGCUGGUUUGAAUCCCCAAGCUGACUAGGUGAAAAGUCUGUUGAUGUGUCCUUGAACAAGGCACUUAACCCCAAUUGCUCUGGAUAAGAGUGUCUGCUAAAUGACAAAAGUGUAAAGGCAAGACACACCAUUCGGGGCCUUGUGCUUUGUCCCACUGCAGACAUCACAAUGUAGUUUGACUGGGGACUUGUCUGUCAUCUAUUUACAACCUUUCUGAAGGUUAUGUUAACACAAAGCUCAGGCUGUCUGUAGAAGUUUUCCUUAAACAGUGGACAUUGACACAGGUCCUGGCUGUCCCAGUACUUCGACACAAGACCGUGGAGAAGUUGUGUACACAUGAAGUGGUGACUGGCUCACAUCCAGACAGUAGACAACAAUGCAACAUACCGGAACAAAACAAACUAGGCAAGAUAUGUUGUAGGCAGAAUGCUUCCGAGUAGGAUUCUAUUGCAGUGACACACGACUCAACUCAUACUCUACAAAGACCGGUGAGGCAGAACCAAUCAGAGAUGCAGUAGGCCUAUACAGUGCAUUCGGACCCCUUCACUUUUUCCACAUUUAGCUAUGUUACAGCCGUAUUGUAAAAUGGAUUUCCCUCAUCAAUUUACACGCAAUACCCCAUUAUGACAAAGGAAAAACAGGUUUUUAGAAAUGUAAGCGAAUUCAUAAAUGUAAAAUUGAAACAUUACAUUUAUGCAAGUAUUCAGACCCUUUACUGACUCAGUACUUUGUUGAAGCAUCUUUGGCAGCGAUUACAGCCUUGAGUUUACUUGGAUAUGACACCACAAGCUUGGCAUACCUGUACUGGGGAGUUUCUCCCAUUUUUCUCUGCAGAUCCUCUCAAGCUCUGUCAGGUUAGAUGGGGAGCAUCGCUGCAUAGCUUUUUACAGGUCUCUCCAGAGAUGUUCGAUCAAGUUCAAGUCCGGGCCACUCAAGGACAGAGACUUGUCCUGAAGCCACUCCUGCGUUGUUUUGGCUGUGCGCUUAGGGUCGUUGUCCUGCUGGAAGCUGAACCUUCGUCCCAGUCUGAGGUCCUAAGUGCUCUGGAGCAGGUUUUCAUCAAGGAAAUCUGCACUUCGUUCCAUUCAUCUUUCCCUCGAUCCUUACUAGUCUCGGAGUCCCUGUCUCUGAAAAACAUCCCCACAGCAUUAUGCUGCUACCACCAUGCUUCAGAGGAGUAGGGAUGGUAUUAGCCAGGUGAUUAGCGUGACGCUUGGCAUUCAGGCCAAAGAGCUCGAUCUUGGUUUCAUCAGACCUCCCAGAUAUAAGCCCUUCUUACCCAAUUGUCAGUUGCCUCGGCGGCCAGCUCAAGGAAGAGUCUUGGUUUUACAUUUUAUAUAUAUAUAUUUUUUAUAUUGAUGGGGCACUAUAACUACAUGGGAGUUAAAUUGGUACAGCACUCUCACUCACGGGUGCACUAUAGCCUCUUACAAGGCACACCUGAAAAUAUAUAAAUAAGCCAGAAACAAAAAUACAAUUUUUGCCAAAGAUACAGCACGGUAUUCUAUGGGGUGGAAUUGCAGUACCAUUCAAAAUACAGCAAUUAUUUCCACACAAUUUACAGUAUGCUGCAGUAAAACAUUUGAGUAUUUUACAGUUAAUACCCAAAAUUGUCGUAUGAAUUAGUUUUACGUUACAGUCUACCUCUGCUUUGUCUAACAGGUGAGCAGAAGUUCCACAUUAUCAGUGAAACCAGGAAUACGGUUGAGCUCCAGGGCUACCCAGGAGACAACGGAUACUGG